UGCAUCGCUUUGAUUGCACACUCAGUAACGUGCGCGCGAAGAGAGGACUGGGUACCUCCGAGUCUAGUAAGAGAACGACGACGAUAGCGCAUGCAAUGAGCAGCAGCGAAGUGGACGAGAGUUGUAAAGUUUUGCAAGGAAAUUGUGGCCCAAGCGGCAGAUGGACGAUUGCGUUGUUUCUAUCGUUAGUUGUGGGCAAUUUUGUGUUUAGCGGUUUUCUGUUGUGGAAGCUCAGUGUUCAGGAGAAAAGAUUUGAGAAAAGCGUAGAGAAGUUGCAGUUGGACUUGCAGGAACUUCAAGUAGAAAAAGAGGAAAUGAAGCAGGUUUAUGAGACGUUGUCUGAGUAUGGAGGAGAAAGAGGGAAGAGGUCGGAACAAUCUCCCAGUCAGUCGUCACAAGUUACAAUCAACAUUGCACACGUAUUUGGGUCAUUCAUCAAACAGAUGUGCAAACCAGAAUCAGCAAUUUGUAUACCAGGUCAACCAGGAAGAGACGGUUCAAUUGGAUUGCCAGGAGCAGCUGGAAUAAAAGGCGAGGCGGGAAGGAAUGGUGAACCUGGCAGUAAGGGAUUAUCAGGUAAACAGGGUCCACGUGGAAUUGCAGGUAGGAAAGGAGAGAUGGGAGUGAGUGGAGAGAAAGGAGAAAGAGGAGAGAGGGGAGUCGGUGGACUACAAGGAAUUUUGGGUCCUCGAGGAGAAAAAGGAGAAGAAGGAGACAAAGGUGAACAAGGAUAUACUGGUUUUAAAGGAGAGAAAGGAGAGAGGGGAGUCGGUGGACUGCAAGGAAUUUUGGGUUCUCGAGGAGAAAAAGGAGAAGAAGGAGACAAAGGUGAACGAGGAUAUCCUGGUUUUAAAGGAGAGAAAGGAGAAAGAGGAGAGAGGGGAGUCGGUGGACUGCAAGGAAUUUUGGGUCCUCGAGGAGAAAAAGGAGAAGAAGGAGACAAAGGUGAACGAGGAUAUCCUGGUUUUAAAGGAGAGAAAGGAGAAAGAGGAGAGAGGGGAGUCGGUGGACUGCAAGGAAUUUUGGGUCCUCGAGGAGAAAAAGGACAAGAAGGAGACAAAGGUGAACGAGGAUAUCCUGGUUUUAAAGGAGAGAAGGGUGGAAAGGGGGAGAUUGGGUUACAAGGAGGAAAAGGAAUGAAAGGAAACAAAGGAAUAAAUGGAAUGAAAGGAAAAGGGGACAAAGGGUAUAGUCUCCCCAGUCAAUGUUUAUCAGGGAAUCAUCGUGUUUUAAAUGAAACUUGGAGACAAACAUCUGAGUAUGUUUCUAAGACAGGUUAUCACUGUGAUAGGACAGGUCAUUCAAACAAUCCACAUGGUUUCACACCAGGCUGGCAUUCAUUCAGUCCUACAAUAGGUGGAGCUAUGCCAGAGAAGUGCACAUCUGGUAACUACUGUGGAACUACUGCAUCAGGAUGGUUAAAAGGAUCUCACCCAAGUGUAAUUGGUCAAAAAAUUUCAACAACAGUUUGCUUUAGUCGUGGAGGCAAUUGUUGUUGGAGGCAGACUAGUGUUGAAGUAAUCAAUUGUGGACAGUAUUACAUAUACAACUUACCUAACACUCCAGAUUGCAGUCUAACUUACUGUGCUCGAGGACAGUGAAGAACAAGUUUCCUUUAUCAAAACCAUCACAUGUACUUAUCUUUCCAUUUUUGUGUGUAUCUAUGCUUCUCUGACUAGACAAGUGUCUGCUAAGAAUGAUUGUUGUAACAGCUGCUUGUUGUGUAGGAUUGCUGCAUACAGUAUGAUGUGUUGCUAGAUGGAAAUUUUGUUAUAAACAUACACAGUUUGUGAGCAGAA